GUCAGUAGUACGACUGAGUCAAGUUAGUGUGAUGGUUACACUGAGCCGAUGAAACCUAUGGUAUUAUUAUUAGUAGUACCUUAUAGUAUUAUUUACGUUAUUUUGUUUAUUGUCCUACCAAUAAACCAGCUUGUGUCGCUGCUGGUAAGCAAUCCUAGCUAGUUUAAAAUGACUCUUCCAGCUUUGCACAACACCGGCGUGCUUUACAGAAGGAUUUUGUCACAGUUUCCUCAGGAUAUCAGUUUGGCCUUUGCCUAUGGAUCUGGCGUUUUCAAACAACACGGGACCGGCCGAGGUCAAAUGGAGAAGAACAUGCUAGACUUUGUGUUUGCGGUGGAUGACCCAGUGACGUGGCACACCAUGAAUCUGCUACAGAACCGCAAACAUUACUCCAUCCUCAAGCUGCUGGGUCCCACAAUGAUCAGCUCCAUACAAAAUGAAUAUGGGGCUGCAGCAUACUACAACACACUGGUGCCUAUGGAUGGGAGGUUAAUCAAAUAUGGUGUGAUUAGUACAGAGUCUCUAAUUGAUGACUUGAUGCACUGGAAGACAAUGUACAUUGCUGGACGCCUUCACAAACCGGUGAAAAUGCUGGUGCAGAGUGAGAAUGGAAAGCUCCAGUCGGCCUUGGUGGCCAACCUGAAGAGUGCUGUGAUGGCUUCCUUCCUCAUGCUGCCAGAGAGCUUCACUGAAGAUGAGCUUUUCCUGCAGAUAGCUGGCCUUUCUUAUGCUGGGGAUUUUAGGAUGCUGUUUGGAGAGGAGAAAUCCAAGGUGGCCAAUAUUGUCAAAGACAACAUUCAGCACUUCAGGACUUUGUAUAGUAACAUCCUACAGGAUUGCCCUCAGGUGGUCUACAAACCUCAGCAGGGAAAAUUAGAGGUAGACAAAAGCCCUGAAGGGCAGUUUAUCCAGUUGAUGGCGUUGCCUCGGACCCUCCAGCAAAGGAUCACAAGGCUGGUCGACCCUCCGGGGAAGAACCGAGACGUGGAGGAGAUCCUGCUGCAGGUGGCUCAGGACCCAGACUGUGGAACUGUCAUACAACAAGGUGUCUCAUCUAUUGUGAAAUCCUCCAGUAUAACACAGAGUGUCAAAGGCAUUGCUACAGCUGGCUUGUGGAAGACAAUUUUAUACAGCUCCAAAAAACUGAUGAAGGUGUGGAAGGGCUGGAGGAGGAAACCAUCUGUGUCCUGAACCUGUCUGUUACCUGUCUGUCUUUAUGGAUAUCAGUCCAACAACCAACAUCCAUCCUGUGAUUUUUACCCUGACAAAGUGGAACUGGAACAAUCACAGACUAACCUCUGGUUGCGUCACUCCAUCGUAUCUGUGAAUGGGUUCACUGACCAUAUGUAAAGCUGUCUGAAUAGUUUCUCCUACUGUCCUUUAUCAAGCUAUUCAUAAAGUUGUAGAAUAAGUGGUGACAUUUAAGGUUAAUAUAGAUUGGACCUUGUUGGAUAGUGAUGACUAGAAUGGCUGGUGAGACACUGCUGAAAGGACUAGAUCUACAUUUUAUGCUAAUGUAGUUAAAAGCAGCACAAAGCACAGCAUGCAACGAGUACCAUGAGAGUAAUGAAGAAAUGGCUAGCAUGACAGGAUCUUCUCCUCUGGGGCGUUUCCCAUCUGUGUUUUCUCUCUGUGGACGGUGCAGCAUAGAUGACAGAUGAUGGGCAGCUACGGUUCUGAAAUAAAGUGAAAAUUGAUACUUGUGGGUAAUUUUCAUCACUGUACUCGACAAAGGAGGCCACCGAGUUCCUUUCACCAGCUGUAGACUGGUGUUACAUAUCACAAACACACACAUUCUCUCUUUGCCAAAGAUCUCAACUCUUCACGUCUUAAGUGCUUUGAUAGUUAGCCAUAUCUCAGUGAGUAUUUGACUGAAAAUAGAACCACACUUUUUUCAGAAGCUGUUUGGAAGGAUUGCAGCUCUGAUGAGUAAAUGCAUCAAACACUUUUUGUCUACUUCACUUAAUAAACUUUAAACAUAUGAUUACUUUCGUUGGCACAGCAUGUUUUUUUUUGUUGUUGUUUACGUUACUGUAGGUCCACAAAAAACUCAAAGUAAGUUCACAAUGAAAGAAAAUCAUUAAAGUUUGGUGGGUCAUUAAUGGAAGACCAUAAGCUCCUGUAGCCUGUUGCUGAGCAUCAUCAGUCUGAAGUUGCAGUUGCCAAGUGGAAGUCAUUAUUACCUUUUUGUCAUCUCAAUUGUUGUACUAUAUAUAUAUAUAUAUGCACACAGUCUAAUCUCAUUAAACUUAACAAAAUAUAACUAAUCUACACUGGGAAUAAGUUAAUUCCUUUCUUAAACAAUAACUCCUGUACAAAAGUGUGAAGGCCCCGCCGUGGCCUUCAGUGUGUGAAGGCCUAAACCCCCAGCAGCAGUAGAAUUAGCUAGGUAAUGUUCUUUUGUUCGUGUGUGUAGAUUUAAGUUGUAGGUAGAUGUUAGGCAUUUGAUUUGAUAUAUACAAUUAAGAUUUACAUAGCGUCUUUGUCCAUUCCCUGUGCGUGUUAUUGGUUUGGCCAGCAGGUAUAUGUGUUCCCCCAUUUGUUCAGUUUGCUGUAUUUUGAGUUUCUUUAUCUUUUGUUGACCUGUUUUAGGGCCCAGUUUGCUUCAUAUUGAUGUUUGUAUUUUUUUUUCUUAUUUUUGGGUGAAUAUAAAGCCCAUCAUUUUUGAACUGUAAAAGCUGUGCCCUCUGCCUUUCUGUUUGGUCCCUGACAAAAACUAAAUACACAUCAGAUAUUAUGCAAAUAAGAUCACUGUUGUGAUCAAAGUUUACUGGUUAUUUUGCUGUCAUAUCACAGUCACAACAGAGAGCACCAUUUACUUCCUGGUUCCUUCCUGGUGCACUUCACCUGUUUAUGUACCUUUACACUACUACAUCAUGAGUCGUACUUGAUUUCACUGGACACACCUCAAUAUUUGAAAUUCUCCUUACAUAUUCUGCAUAUACUGUAUAUAUGUA